UUCAGGUUUUAAAACACUAUUCCACACUCUCUCUCUUCGGCAAGGAUUUCAAAUAAUGGUGGAGUUGCUGCAAUUUUAUGGGUCUUUCAUUUAAACAGCAGAGUCUGGCGUGGUACUCCCCCAAAAACAAAAAAUCAGCAGAGGGGACUGAUGGUUGAUGCCUCUCAGUCCAUCCUCAUUACCGUUGAUGCCCCCUACACCAUCUUCCCUCCUUGGGUCUUUCUCCCAGCCCUCCGUUUCGCUCUUCCCAAGAGUAAUUUCUUCACAAAAGUUGUCAGCAUCCCACCACAGGCUCCUUAAGUUGCUUGUCGGGCGAGCCGGUGGACUUAUUGCUAGCUUUUCCCGGUAUGGACACUCUUCGGUUUGCCAAGCACUUGAGGAGUCCUCUGAUGGAGAACUUGAAGCCACCCUGGUAGAAGGAAUGCCAAAAAGCGAUGCCUUUUUCCUUCUUAACUUGAUGGAAGAACGCGGUGUUCGUGCUGACUGUAGUACUUAUGCUUCUCUCCUGGAUGAUUGUUUGAGUUCGGGCUCGCUCGCUGGUGCUAAGAGGAUUCAUGGGAAGAUUCUGAAAUUGGGUUUUGAUAGAGAGAGCCAUUUGUGCAAUCGGCUGAUUGAUGCUUAUCUUGCUGCUGGCGAAUUUUCUGAUGCAGUUAGAAUGUUUGAUGAUAUGGCUCAUCGAACUGUUGCUUCAUGGAAUAGUAUGAUUAUGGGGCUUUCUCGGAGGAAGGAACAUCACAACGUUUUGGCUCUUUUUGCGAGAAUGAUGAGAGAGUGUAGGGAUCCUAAUCCUGUUGCCUUUGCCAAUGCCCUGCGAGCAUGCAAUGGAAAUAAUCGUUAUUGGCCUUUUGUUCAACAGAUUCAUGCUAAGAUAAUCAGGUAUGGAUUUGGUUGUGAUUUCCUUGUUGGCAAUCCGCUGAUUGAUUUAUAUGCCAAAAAUGGGUACGUAGAUCUGGCUAGAUUGGUCUUUGAAGAGUUGUAUUCAAAGGACAAUGUUUCAUGGGUUGCCAUGGUGUCUGGUUUUUCUCAAAAUGGUCUUGGGGAAGAAGCUCUGCAUCUUUACAGCCAGAUGCACCGAUCUGGAAUCAUCCCUACUCCAUAUGUUCUAUCCAGUGUCCUCAGUGCCUGCACCAAAACAGAUAAUUUUGAGCAUGGAAAGCAGAUCCAUGCCCAAGUUAUCAAGCAAGGAUUUAGCUCUGAAACUUUUGUGGGCAAUGCUCUGGUCACCUUGUAUUCACGAUGCGGAAGUUUAAGAAGGGCAGAAGAAAUUUUUAGUGACAUGCCCCAUCAUGAUGGUGUAACAUAUAACACAUUGAUCUCGGGGCAUGCACAGAAUGGAAACAGUGAAAAUGCAAUAGAAAUUUUUAAAGAGAUGCAACUUUCAGGCUUCAAACCUGACUCUGUGACUAUAGCAAGUCUACUAACUGCCUGUGCCUCUAUUGGGGAUAUUAGAAAGGGAAAGCAGCUCCACUCAUAUGUAUUUAAAAGUGGACUUUCUUCAGAAUAUAUUAUUGAAGGUUCUCUGCUUGAUCUCUAUGUUAAAUGUGCAGCAAUUGAAACAGCACAUGAGUUUUUCAAUACAACAGACAGAGAAAAUGUUGUGCUUUGGAAUGUGAUGCUUGUGGCUUAUGGUCAAAUGGGUAAUCUAGGAAAAUCAUUUGAUCUGUUCUAUGAAAUGCAAGUGGAGGGUGUGCAACCUAAUCAAUUUACAUAUCCAAGUAUUCUUAGAACUUGUACUUAUGUGGGAGCUCUUGAUCUUGGAGAGCAGAUUCAUACCUUGACCAUAAAGACUGGCUUUGAGCUUAAUGUCUAUGUCAGUAGUGUUCUGAUUGAUAUGUACUCUAAAUGUGGACAGCUGAAGAGCGCUAGGGCAAUUCUUGAAAGAAUCACAGAGAAAGAUGUGGUCUCAUGGACUGCCAUGAUUGCUGGAUAUGCACAGCAUGAGCUUUAUGUAGAAGCUCUGAGAACUUUUGAAGAAAUGCAAAUUCAUGGAAUACAGCCAGAUAAUAUAGGAUUAGCCAGUGCUAUUAGUGCAUGUGCUGGAAUCAAAGCAAUUGAACAGGGAUUACAGAUCCAUGCACAGGCUUGUAUUUCUGGUUACUCAACAGAUAUUUCGGUUGGAAAUGCACUCAUUAACCUUUAUGCUAAAUGUGGAAGGAUUGAGGAAGCAUAUUCUGCAUUUGAGACUGUUGAGGUUAAGGAUGAGAUAUCAUGGAACGGGUUGAUAUCAGGGUUUGCUCAAAGUGGGCACUGUGAGGAAGCUUUAAAAGUGUUUGUACAGAUGGACAGAGCAGGUGUUAAAUCUAAUUCAUUUACAUUUGGCUCUGUGGUUAGUGCUUCUGCUAACAUGGCAGACAUAAAACAAGGGAAGCAGAUACAUGCAAGGAUCAUAAAAACUGGUUAUGACUCUGAGAUAGAGGUCAACAAUGCUUUAGUUUCACUAUAUGCUAAAUGUGGGAGCAUUGAAGAUGCAAAGAUGGGGUUCUUUGGGAUGUCUGAGAGGAAUGAGGUGUCAUGGAAUGCCAUGAUCACAGGAUGUUCCCAACAUGGAUGUGGCCGAGAAGCACUCAAGCUGUUUGAGAAGAUGAAACAAGAGGAUUUGAAACCAAACUAUGUUACUUUUAUAGGUGUUUUAGCUGCUUGUAGUCAUGUGGGCUUAGUAAAUGAAGGCCUUGACUACUUCUACUCCAUGAGUGAGGAGCAUGGUAUUGUUCCAAGACCAGAACAUUAUGCUUGUGUUGUGGAUAUUCUUGGACGAGCUGGACAAUUGGAUCAUGCAAGAGAAUUCAUAGAGGAGAUGCCUGUUGUCCCUGAUUCUAUGGUUUGGAGAACCCUUCUCAGUGCUUGUACAGUUCACAAGAACAUACACACCGGAGAGCUUGCAGCUCAGCAUCUUCUGGAGCUGGAGCCACAUGAUUCAGCGACUUAUGUUCUCCUAUCUAACUUAUAUGCUGUGGCUGGGAAAUGGAAUCACAGAGAUCAGGUGAGGCAGAUGAUGAAAGAUAGAGGAGUGAAAAAGGAGCCAGGUCGUAGCUGGAUUGAGGUGAAGAAUGAGGUUCAUGCAUUCUUUGUUGGCGAUCGAUUGCACCCAUUAGCAGACAUGAUAUAUGAGUUCUUGAAAGAUUUGAACAAAAGGGCAGUUGAGAUAGGGUACAGGCAAGAUAGAUAUUACCUUUUACAUGACAUUGAGCAAGAGCAGAAAAAUCCCACUGCAUACAUUCACAGUGAGAAACUUGCUGUUGCUUUUGGGCUCCUAACUUUGUCUGAUGAGGUGCCCCUCCGAGUGUUUAAGAACCUUCGUGUCUGUAAUGACUGCCACAUUUGGAUGAAAUAUGUUUCGAGAAUAUCUGGACGGACAAUUAUACUAAGAGAUGCCUACCGUUUUCAUCAUUUUGAAGGAGGCAGUUGUUCAUGUGCAGAUUAUUGGUGAAGCACAGGUUCAUCUUUAUCAGAUUGCAACUGCAGCAAGGAAGUUUGAUUUUGAAGAAGGCCGAACAUGAGUUCUUGGGAGAGUUGACCUAAUAGAUCGACCACGGGAAGGUGAUGAAGCAGUGGAAAGCAAUAAUCCUAAUGGUUCCAAAUAUGAAAAGAGUAAAGCAGUGAAGUAUGUAAUGAUCAUUGCUGUGGUGCAUCAGUGAAAAAAAUUGGGGAACAGCAACAAUGGCAGUCAACUGAUCUUAUUGGACUAAGGAUGCAUGAGUCCAAAGCAAAAUAUGUUGAGCUGUGAUGUAGGUCAAGGGACGCAUGCAAUAAGAAUUUGAAGUUAAUGGUCUUACUUGUGGAUCUGCCUUGGUUCUAAGUCAUCAGAUCUAUCAAUUAUUUCCUGUGCAAGUUUAGAAGACAACCAAAGUCCAUGUAAGAAAUAGUAAAGUAUACAGAAAAGAGUAAUGAGCCAAUGUCUUUCAGAUUACUGAAGCUAUGUUUUAGAUUGAGCUCACCUCAAGGUGAAUAGCAUGAAAAUUCAAAUGCUUGAUAAGAUUUAUAUAGUUUGGUUUUCUCAAUGAAAUCUAUA